GUUAUGUAAAAUUUCUUAUCAGAGAAAUAAAUGAUUUUAUACCGACAACAAAAACAUACUAAUGUGAGUAAACAGUGAUGUACUUUUAUUUGUGUGUUCUAAGAUGUUUAGGUCCUGGUUUUUGGGGUCUAAUAAACCCCAAUGGAACAUGUGCAACAAAGGACGAAGGCAGUCUCCAAUAAAUGUAGAACCUGAUAAACUUUUGUUCGAUCCUCAUCUUAGACAAGUACAUGUUGAUAAACAUAAGGUUUCUGGCACUCUGCACAACACAGGGCAGUCCUUAGUAUUUCGGGUAGAUAAAGACAGUAAGCAACAUGUGAAUAUUUCUGGGGGCCCUUUGGCUUACAGAUAUCAAUUCGAAGAAAUUUAUAUACACUACGGGACUGACAAUCACCAGGGCUCCGAGCACCAGGUUCAAGGAUAUAAAUUUCCUGGAGAAAUCCAGCUUUACGGUUUCAAUAAAGAAUUGUAUCAUAAUAUGUCAGAGGCACAACAUAGAUCUCAAGGGAUUGUUGGUAUUUCACUUAUGGUACAGAUCGGAGAUACCCCUAAUCCGGAAUUACGAAUAAUAACGAGCACAUUUGGCAAAGUUUUAUAUAGAGGUGAUUCCACACCAAUCCGGCACUUGUCGUUAAGGGCUUUGUUGCCGGACACCCAGCAUUUCAUGACCUACGAAGGCUCUACGACACAUCCUGGUUGUUGGGAAACUACAGUCUGGAUUAUUCUAAAUAAACCUAUUUAUAUGACAAAGCAAGAGCUAUAUGCCUUAAGAAGAUUAAUGCAAGGUUCAGAAGAAACGCCGAAAGCUCCAUUAGGAAAUAAUGCAAGACCUCUUCAACCCUUACAUCACAGGACAGUUAGAACAAAUAUUGAUUUUGGGAAUCAACAGACGAAUUGUCCGACAAUGUAUAAAGAUUUAUAUUAUAAAGCAAACAAGUGGCCCCGAGACCAGUCCCCGAGCCGCCUAACCGAAUUAGAUCCGUCACUGCACACGCUGAGGUCCUUGCGUCCCGAAUAGUAGAAACUUUACGUUUCUAAACUGCACUAAAUUUCCAAAAACAAAAAAAAAUGUAAAUAUAUAAAUAAUACCUAUAUACGAACAAGUGAUAAAAUUUUUAGCAUACGAAAUUCUACGAAGUGAAUAAUAUUUUUAAGUGAGAGACCUCUCUAGAUAAUGUUAUAGUAAAGUAAAAUGUGUGCGCAAUACGUAAUAGUAAAGGAAGAUUUAAUUAAAGAAAA